AUGGUAACCAUUUGCCUCAUCUGCGACGCUCCAAGCAGGAGCCGAUGCUCUCAAUGCCACAAUGUUGCUUAUUGCAGCAGCGAGCACCAAGCACAGGACUGGCCCGCUCAUAAAGCUUACUGUAAACUCGUCAGUACGCCCGGAAUUACUACCUACGAUGCCAUCCUCUUCGGCGUCAACGAGACAAGGCCGCGAAUGAUAAAACUCCCUUGGUCGUGGGGAGCAGACUACGAAGAGUUGGAGCCAGAAGAGCGAUACCAGAUGUUGGAAAAGCAGCCGUGGUAUAGUGAACGCAACGCGUUUGUUCGCUCGCUUUUUAUCGACACGUUCGGAGCCACCCCUGUGAAGCUGGGAUACACGCUCGCAGUGCAAUAUGAUGACCACUUCAAGAUCAACGGGUCUCCAGUAAACCGCUGCAUCCAGGCUAUUACGGGAGGAGAGGCUGCGAUACGUUGGGCAGGAAACGUUAUGGCAUUGAGGGCGGAGGAUAUGUAUGUCUAUAGGCAUGGCGAUGCGAUUUUAGAGAAGGACUUGGCGCCGAUGGUGGAGUUCUUCAAGGAUUACGGGAAGCGGCAUGGGGGGGGGGAUGCGCUUCCUCACACAACAACCUACCUAACGGUUUGCAGCAGCUAG